AGGAAACCAACCCUUUUAUUUUACGUCUAGAAGCGCUGUAAUAUUGAAGCGAGAAAAAUACGCUACGUAGUAGUUUUUCAAGAAAAAAAUUCCGUCGUGACCUCAUACACGCGGAUUCGCGUCGCCUGAGGACACGGCAAGUCGUCAACUUCCUUUUAUAAACUAGGUCAGGUGAUAGGGCAGCUGCGGAUUCACUUCAAACUCUCCCCGUGCGCCAGCAAAACACAAAUUUUUCCUCGAGGACAAUUUCUAGCGUCCUUGCAUCGAAGAAACCGCCAUUGAAUCGUCUUCUGGUGGUCGAGGGCAGCUGGAGAGUAAGUAUAAAAACCUUUAAUUUAAUUUUUUCGAUGAAUUCUCAGGAAAGUGUCCUUAAAGCCGACGGAAAUUGUGGCUGUGAUUACAGACGCUCUCUUCUUUACAAAAUUAAAAUUUAUCCUCUAUUGCAUGACCAAGCGUAAUAUGUGUAAGGGAAAAGGCCAUUAUCUUGACAAUGAUUUCAUCUCUAGUGUUUGUUUCGCGUGGCAAAUAUUUGUUGUUCCCACUUAAGAACAGGGAAAAACGUUCGAUUUAGAUGUCGGACGAGUUGUGACUGAAAUGGUUGUCGUUCAGAAACCUUUUUUCCCUCUGAUUGAAAUUCUAGAGGGACAUAAUAAAUAUUUUAAUUGUUUGUGUUUCUUGGGUUUGAUUACUCAAGAAAGCGGGAUGGUAAUAAGACAAAGUUGUUUGUUCUCCGCGGAAUUGAUAAGAAUAUAGCGUUAAUAUUUUCAGUUGAAUGACACGUAAGAUGAAACUUUUGAGACGGGCGGAACAGUGAUAUUGCCUAAUGUAUUACGUUAGUAGUAAUUAUGUAUGUCCGAGAAGUGAGUGUGGGAAAACACAACAAUAUUGGGAAUAUUAUCUUUUUCACAGAUCUGAAAAUUGCUUUGAUCGCGAAAGAACCCAGUCAUGCCAAAACCGAAGACAGUCUUGUGCUAUAUUUGCGGGAGAGAGUUUAGUGCACACUCCAUUAAUGUUCAUGAGCGCCAGUGUGCGAAGAGGUGGGAAAUGGCUAAACAAAAGGAAAAAGAAGAUGCUAAGCAACAACCGAGAAGAAAAUUCUCACAUGAACCACGGAAAAGAAGAGUUCUGCCCGAUGUUCCCACCAUUGAUAAACAACAGAGUUUGAGUUUGGAUGACAUAAGGGGGUCAGCUCUCAAGCCAAGCAUAACAUCACAGAAAAGAGGCAGUACUGUAACACUAAAAAAUAUUGAACAGGGACAAAAGUUACUCAAAGAACGUUCACAAUCACCAGCCACCGGCAAACUGCUGAUAAGACCAGGAGCUGUUACAAUUCAAGGGUAUUCUUCAGACUCAUCUUCUGAAAAGAAUGUAUCAUUAGAAAUGGCAGAUGUCCAGUCACAUUCCUCUGCAGAGCAAAACUUGUCUGAUGAUGAAGACAUUGACAGGUGCAGUGAAGCAACCUAUACUGUUGAGACUUGUCCAAUGCCCGAGAGGGUGUCUGUAAAUGGCAAUCAUUCUGUUUCUUAUCUUUCUAAGAGGGCAGGGUCAUUAGAGUCUUUAACAGGUUCAUCUGACUCUCAGGAAACCCCAUAUGAGACCAAGAAAGAAAGGCAGUCUUUAUGCGACACGAGGUCGUCCUCUUCUAGUCACCCCAUCUUAACAGUAUGUUAUAUAUGUGGAAGGGAGUAUGGAUCAAAGUCCUUGAAAAUCCAUGAACCACAGUGCCUCAAGAAAUGGCGACUUGCCAAUCCUAAACGUUCUCGUAGCCCAAGUGGCCGUGGCCUUGAGACAACAGCGACGCUAAGCAAGGCAAGGUCAGUUUCAUCUCUGAGAAGUUAUGAAAGUACAUCUCCUCGAAACCGCCGGCCAAACACUGCUUUAGCCAGUGGAUUACCAACAGCCAAAGAACGGAAACCUCGCUCUGCUUCAUGUGAGAAUCUGCUGGACAGGAGUGAACAUAAACCAAGAUCACCCAAAGCUGUUCACCAGAUAUCAAGAAUGAUACUUUGUUAUCUCUGUGGGAAACAGUUUACGACACACUCCUUGCCAAUCCAUGAAAAACAGUGCCUGAAAAAGUGGGAGGCUAGGAAGAAGUUGGAAGCUGCAGAGAAAUCACAGAAAGAAAAGGAAUCAAAGAAACGACAUUCUGUUCAUCUCCCUGUUACAAUAAAGAUUGACCAUGUUGAAGAAAAUAACAACAAAGAAACAACAUUGUCUCACAGAAGUGGUAGUCAUGGAGAUCUGCUAACACCAGAGACAUUACCUCGUCAUAAUUCAGAAUGUAGUAAUACAGAUGAAGUAAAGGAAAACAAAAUCUUGACACCAAGCAAGCCAGCUUUGGUUGUCUGCUAUCUUUGUGGCCGGGAAUAUGGUUCAGCAUCAAUAUCUAUCCAUGAGAAACAGUGUCAAAAGAGAUGGCAGGCAAACGAAGCUAAGAAAGUAAAGCAAACAUCAAAGACAAACAAAGAGAAAAAGAUAGGUUCAAAACAAAGGCCUCGGUCAUUUGUUUUCUAA